AUGACCCCACUUCCUGUCCACGAACAGCCAGCAGCACACCUCGCGAAAGCCAUCAACAAUUUUACGGAAGCCAUCCCUUACCACAGACUCUUAAUCAACAUCACCAUGCACCUCAACCACUGUAUUCAAAACAAGGACUCUACAAACAUUCCAGACAUACAUCUCAUUGUCACAGUGCAACCGCCAGACAAUCCUGGGUCCAACAAGAUGGAGAUAGCAAAGCUGAUUUUGAAAUGGGUUGGAGAAUCCGGGCUUUCCUCAGACACAGACUGCAUGGUACGCAAGUUGAGUAUCACAUGCGAUGGUCACCCAGACGUCAGCUACGCUUUCAUCAUAUCCUUCAAGGAACGAACUAGAUGGCAACAGCCAAAAGAAGGCAGUGUCGCUUACCAACUUCGUUCGGCUUCCCCAUUGGACUACGAGGAAUUUAUCCCUGCACGCAUCAAAAAGAGUUUGAAGUUCGGACCAGUGGAAAUCACAUCUCAUACCUGGAUUGAUAUCUCUGAGGUCCACUACAGCGUAUUCAAGCAUGGCACAGACAGUUGCUUCGAUUUUAAUAACAAGGAUGCUGCUACAUUUGCAGAGGGGACCCUUCACUCUAUAUUGCAGAUGGGUGACAUUGAGUGCAUGUUAGAUGACACCACUGGGAGUCUCAAGGCGUAUAUUGUGUUGUUGAUGGAGGGUAUGGGCAUUGAGCAGGCUGCAAUUCAGGCAGCGCGCGAUUCUCAUCCCGUCUUCAGGCCUGUUUGGAUGGCAGCUCUCAACUCUAUCUCCUCUGUGAUCUCCCUUACAGCAUAUUGCCACUACCUCGAUUGGCGCAACCACAAAUAUGACAAGUGUAAGAUGACACAUGUCACCAUUCAAUCCUCAGGGUCUACUAGCAUGCAACCGACAACAGUUUCGAUCUCGUCCAUUCUGACAACUUCCUCAUCUGAUGCGACAACCACUUCCUCUGCUGAGUUAUCACUCGAUGUGCAGGAGGAGCGCUCUGCAAAGAAGUCUAAAGUCCAGCCUGACUCGGAGGACAGACCUGAAGGGUCUACUAUUGCAAAAGUGAAGACAAAGAAGAAGUUGGAUGGGGGUGGCAAGGGGAAGAGGAAGGGGAAGGGUUGUAAGUAG